AUGCAUUCCAUCAUCCGCCUCGCGCGGCCUCUGCUGGCCCCGCGCAUCUCUCCCCUCUCGCAACGGACAUUCUCAUGCCUCUCCCCGCUCCGUCCAACAUUAACUUCCACCUUCCGACCCAACAACUCCUUCACCCCGUCAGCCACAGCAGCCGCAGCGUCACCAGCCGAAACAACAGCAACAGCCGCAGAUGUCGUCCCCAAGACAGCGCUCUCAAUGCAUCCCUCGCUGCAGGGCGCCAUGCAGCUCCGAUUCGGUCCCCGAAAUACCAUGAACGGACAUACGAGACUGGUGCAGAAGCGGAGACACGGCUGGCUGAAGAGGACGAGGAGUAAGACUGGGCGACGGAUCUUGCAGAGGAGGAAGCUGAAGGGCAGGAGACAUGUUGCGUGGUGA